AGAAUGGCUUACAGUCAAGCUGAAUGUGUUAUAAAGAAUAUUAUUCGAGAAAUAGGACAAGAAUGUGCGCACUAUGGAGAAACUGUUUCUGAAACUCUUGUGGCUUUUAUGGUGAAAGCUGUUGUUUUGGAUCCAAGCAAUGGCUUCAACAUGGAUCGGAACCUCACAAAAUCUGACGUUCAGAAACUUGUUAAGAUAUGUGUUAACAGGCUAUUGGACAAAAAAAAUCCAUCCCUGGACACAAUUAAGAUGCAAGUUUACUUUGAUAUGAAUUACACAAAUCGAGGAGAAUUUCUUGAUGAACAUCACCGAGUCCUGGAAUCCAGAUUAAGCAUUGUUAGCAGAGAAAUCACCGAUAAUAGGGCCCGUACUCGAGAAGAAUUAGAGAGCCUCUACCGGAAGAUUGUCAGCUAUGUACUACUACGUUCUGGUCUUGGAUCCCCUACUGACAUCAAAGUGGUCAGAGAAGCUACAGCUGCUCUACAGAGUGUUUUCCCUCAAUCUGAACUUGGUACUUUUCUAUCCCUUUCCAAGAAGGACAAAGAGCGCCAGCUGAAAGAACUCACCAUGAUAGUCACUGGAAUUCGGUUAUUCAACAAAGACUGUGGAAAGGGAGGAGAAGGCAUUGAUGAUCUGCCAGCUAUUCUGAAUGAAGCUAUUCCAGCCACCACCCAACACAUUGAUACACAACUUCAGACUUCCCAGGAACAGGCCUACCGGUACACAGCGAUCCUGGAGAAAGCUAUGGUCAACCCACUCAGAAUGAAAGAUCUUGAGUCCUUAAUGAUAAAAGAAGCCUUGUUUAAUUUGAGACAAUAUGAGGUUUUCCUUAAUAUAAUUUUGUCUGACAUAAUUACUUGUGCACAAGAAGUUGAAAUGAUGAUAAAGCAAUUAGCAGCACAAAUGGAACAAUUAAAAAUGACUGUACAAGCAAAGACUGCUGUACCGACAUCACAAGUCUAUCCUAUAUUUAUUGCACUUUCUGGCUUGUGGUCCAGCUUUCAGGAUGAAACUGUAUUACUUAGUGUUCUGAGUAAUUUAACCACUCACCUUGGACCAUUCCUAGGAACUCAUGAUGCAAUUUUUAAUGAUCAACUGAUUCAAGACCUUCUUGAUGAAGUGGAAGUAAAAACUGAUGUGUUUAGGAUAAAAGAAAGUAUGGGAACCAAAGUAAAUGUAAAUGAUUUCAAGAAAGUAGAUUGGCUUUUUCCAGAAACUACAGCAAAUUUUGACAAAUUGCCAAUUCAGUACCGGGGAUUUUGUGGUUACACAUUUGCUGUAACAGAUGGACUGCUCCUUCCAGGAAAUCCAACUAUUGGAAUUUUAAAACAUAAAGACAGAUAUUACACUUUUAAUUCCAAAGAAGCUGCAUAUGCUUUUGCAGAAAAUCCAAAUAAAUACAUUGAGAUGAUUGGAGAAAAAGCAAAAAAAAGUGCUGAAUUAAUUCAGCUAUUGGAACUUCAUCAGCAAUUUGAAACUGUGAUUCCAUAUUCCCAGGUCAAAAUGAUUGACAAACAUAUAAAACCAAUAACGAGAUGUGAAAGUAGCACACAGACGGAUACACACAUAAUGCAGCCAACAAUUGAAAAAGGUUAUGAAUGGAACGAAUGGGAACUGAGAAGAAAAGCUAUAAAACUGGCUAAUCUGCGUCAGAAACUCACCCAUUCAGUACAAACCAACCUUAGUCACAUGAGAAGAGAAAAUUCAACACAGGUAUACCCAUUAAAGACAACUGGCACACAGACCAAGAGAGAUGGCAGUAGCAGAGUACCCAGGCCCCAGAUUUAUAUAGCUGGUCUCCGAGGCAGUUACACAGCAUCACUCCAUGCUGUCAAAGUCAACUUAACAAGAGCUGUUGAUGAAACCUAA